UUAGUGUUUCUAAAUGCUUCAUUAAAUUUUUGUCUUUAUUGUUUGGUCUCUCGCCGUUAUCGUUUAAUGCUUAAAGAAACAAUAAAUCGUUUGCUUCAUUGUAAUUUUAAAAUAAUUAUUAAAAGUGAAGGUCGUUGUUUACAAAAAACAAAAGAUUCCAACGAAAAUAAUAAAAAAUUUCAAUUAAUUUUACAAAAUAAUACAAAUUCAAAUAGUAAUGAUGAACAAAUAUCUUAUCCUUUAAUGCAAAUGAAUAAAUUUAAUAAUUAA